AUGGCGGAUUUUAGCAACCUCUGCAAGUUCAGUCCUGCAGAAGCAGAUGCUCUGGAACUUCUACAAACGGAUCCCGAGUACCAGUAUUCUGGCGACUGGCUAUAUCGGCUCUGGCAACGCUUUUCGCGAGAGACGCCUAGUCCAGGUAGCAUCAAUCCGGAACUUUUGGAUCUGGACCAGAAAGUCAUGACAGAUGUUCAAUCCGCUCCAGCACAUUGUCAAUCUUUGUUUGGAGACAAUUGUUACAUCAAUCAUUCUUGUCUCAAUAAUUCCAAGAUCGAAUACCGAUACGAGGCUGGAGCCUGCUAUGGCUGGCUCUAUGCUGUCGUUGAUAUUCUACGCAACGAUGAAAUCACCCUAUUCUAUGAAAGAGGUGACAGAAUCAAGCGUAGAGGACCUUCUGGACUGUACCCGGACGUGGAAAGCGAGUUCAAUUUGGAGUGUGGUUGUGAGCCUUGCUUGCGGGGUUACAAGGAUCGGAAGUCAUGGGAGGCUAGAAACUGA